AUGCGCUCUACAGCCGUGAGAAAACCACGCUCAAGACGCCCAGCACGCGGUAGGCAAACCAGGAGAGCUGGUCUCCGAGCUAGCUCCGCGGAACCCGAACAGGCUGGAGUUAUCAACCAGGAACAGAGCCAGGUCGACCGUUCCAACGUGCCUACAUCUCAAUCACGCAUAUCCUGGCCAGACACCUUAGCUGCCCUUGAAAAGGAGCCACUGGAUUCCCAAAUACGCAGACACAAAGAAUGGAAACGAAACGGGUCAACCCAUGAGGAUUACUGUCGUGUAUGCUGGAAGUCGGAUCGACUCGAACCUUGCAUGACCUGCCGACUGGCACUUCAUAGCGAGUGCAUGCCCGCUGGGUGGCUGCGGGACUCCGAAAACCAACUCUUUUGCGUCGCGUGCGUCCGUCGCGGCUGGCAUACAGAUCCUCCUGCGCUUACACCACCUGCUUCGCCAAGAUUGGCAGAGGUACAUUGCGGUCCUGCUACAGGCGUUCCGGCGGUAGAGCUUGACAGUAUUUCGCUGUCAAAUCCGCAGUCUCAUGCUGCACCCCUGCACGGACAUCCACUGGCAUCCUCGACGCAUGAAUGGAGCAACAAUAGUAGACAGGAUAUACCAGCCACUGAUCCAGUCCGGGAAGCCUCAUCCAACAAUGACGAUAUAGAUGUAAGCGGGAAUACACAGCCCGGAGUCUCCCAGCCGCCCCGACGCCAGCGAAAAUCUCGGUACAUGAGCCUGCCCAGCGAGAUCGAUGCAUCGCUCAAUGUGCUAUACCGAGAACUUGAAUCAAGUGCAGCACUGAGGCUCGAAAUUGAGAGCCUACGUAAUGAAAAUGCCCGAUGCGUUCAGACAAUCCAGAUUCGCGACCUCAGUCUGAUGGCUCUUCGCCGGGAGCUAGAACAUCGGCGAUUCUCGGAACAAGAGCUUGAAAGACUGCAAGCGAAUGCGGCGCAACUCGAAAAUGCAAACAAGGAGCUUCAAGAACUUCGAGCAAAGAAUGAAUCUCUAGAAGCAGAGCUGCAGAUUUCAAGAGAAUCGGCGAAGGAAGCCAAAGCCAUGGUGGAUGAUUGGAAGGCGAAAUUAGCUGUGCUGAUCGGUAAUUGA